GGUGAGGUGGCUGCUGUGGGUCUUUCUCGAAGCUUCGGCUCUCGUGCUUUCUAGUUUUUCUACCUUUACUUAAUUGAUAUUGACUUCAAUCUUGACCCUUUGGAAAACUCGGCGUGCUUCACCAGAGAGCCAGCAUCGAGAUGUUGGUGGAGAAAUCUGCUCCGGAACUCCCGGAUUCGUCUCUGACGCAUCCCAUUUUUCGAAGGAUCGAAGUUGGUCGCAAUCGUCAAGGAGUUAUUGCGGAAGAAGGAUUGGGCGAUGAUAGCCCCAAUUACUUCGGGAGGCAUCAAGUCGAUGCCAAGAGUCUCACCACACUUGAAAAUCUCCCAGAACCAGAGAUUAGUCAUCCACCUACUUAUGAAGAAUCAGUGACGUCAGCUGGCAUUGACGAAAACGGAACACCGCACCAAGUGACAGUGAGGUCUCUAAGCGUUUCAGAGGCUAUUACUGGUCCAAAACGUCCUCACGUCUGGCAAAUCAAACGUACUACAAUAACACUCAGCGCUCUGGAAGCCACGGUCUUGGUGAAAGCAGGGAUAUUAGAGUACAAGGACCUCAGGCUAUACAAAUCAACAACAAAACUCAACGACCAAGGCCCCGUCGACCCCAUCACGGGCGCCAUCUCCGCGGUCUUCGGCACCGUAGGCACCGUCUGUCUCCGCGUAGCUGACUACCCUCUCAUACUCUCCACUGUCUUCAACCCACCAGCUGGCUCAAACGCUAGCGAUGAAGCCACCAAAUUCGCCCGUGAUCCGGAGAAAGGAGUUACGGGAAUCGUAGGAGCGGGACUCAAAGCCCCGGUCGAUAUCACGUACAACAUGGCUAGAGGUUUCCAUAAUCUGCCGAAGUUAUAUGGCGACCGCAUGGUAAGGAAUUUGGACCCAAUUACUGGUGCGGGAAGUGGGUUUAAGGCUGCUGGAAAGGCAUGUUUACUUCCUUGUUUCAUGGAAUUCGGUCUCGGAUGCUGGGACGGCGUCUCUGGACUCGUUAUGCAGCCAGUCAAAGGCGCCCAGGAGACCGGGGUUCUAGGAAGCAUGAAAGGUUUUGGAAAGGGUGUUGCUGGCCUUGCGUUCAAACCUGCAGCAGGGGCGUUAGGCUUGGCUGGAUAUAGUGGGAGAGGAAUGUAUGAACAGGUUCAGAAGGCAAGAGGCAAGAAAUCAAAGAGAGCGAUGCGGGAAGCUCAGAUUGCACAAGGGCUGCAGGAGUGGGAAGUCACAACGGAAGAGGCGAAGAGGAGGAUUUUGCAGAAGACCAAGGAGGACUUGGAGGAGUUUGACAGGGUACUGGGUGUUGUGAAAUUACUAUGACUUGAGCUGCAGCAGUCCAAUCUCAUUCUCUGUGUCUCAUCCCUAUUAUCCUCGUGAAGCUCGACUGAGUAACCCUCACCUGUUACUUCGGUUGUCCCGCUU